UCAACGAAACGUCAAAUCGCCUAAAGAUAUUUUUGUAAAACUCGCUAGAGUUUGUAUUUAUUUAAUUUUAAAGUUUAUGUAAAUGAAAAAUGGCAGUGCGUCCACUGCACAAUCAUGAUGGUGGGAUCAUGGAGCGCCGGCUUCGUCCAAUAUACGACUGGUUAGACAACGGGAACAAUAAAAAGGCGGUACAGGAGGCUGAAAAAGUUUUGAAGAAGACGCCUAAUUUGCAAGCGGCGAAGGCUUUGAAAGCUUUAGCGCUUUUGAGGUUAGGAAAGUCUGGUGAAGCGAAGACGGUGCUGGACGCGCUGACGGCGGAGCGGCCCUGCGACGACACCACGCUGCAGGCCAUGACCAUCUCCUACCGGGAGUCGCAGCAGUUGGACAAGGUGUGUCGCCUGUACGAGGAGGCGGUGAAGCAGGAACCCUCGAGCGAGGAGCUGCACUCGCACCUGUUCAUGUCGUACGUGCGCGUGGGCGACCACCGCGCGCAGCAGCGGGCCGCCAUGCAGCUCUACAAGUUCGCUCCCAAGAAUCCGUAUUACUUCUGGGCGGUCAUGAGCAUUGUUUUACAGGCCAAAUCAGAACCAGACGCAACCAAGAAGAACAUCCUGCUAUCCCUGGCCAAGAAAAUGGUGGACAACUUCAUAACCGAGAACAAAAUAGAGGCAGAACAGGAAGCGCGCCUCUACAUCAUGAUCCUGGAGCUGCAGGAGGACUGGCAGGGCGUCCUCAACUUCCUUGAGAAUCCUCUGUACACGCGCCUGGUCCCGGGCUCGAUGCCACAAGCAUGCAUGCCGUACUUGAAGAAAGUUGGGCAAUGGAAGCGACUGAACUUGCUGUGCAAAGAUUUGCUCAUAGACAACCCAGACCGCUGGGACUACUACAUGUCGUACUUCGACUCGGUCUUCGAGCUCAUCAACAACCCGUCUGAGGCUGAUGGGGAUGGUAAUGCGGACGACACUGCGGAGAAGUGCCAUGAGUUCAUCUGCUCGCUGAUUGAGAGUAUGAGCACGGGGAAGCGGUUGCGAGGUCCAUACCUAGCCCGCCUAGAGCUCUGGCGGCGUCUCUCCACCACGGGCGACGCGUCGCUCCUGGGCAGCGGCGCGGCGCUCUGCCUGCAGUACCUGCGAGCCUUCGCCCACAAGCCGUGCGCCGUGCCGGACCUGCGAGCCUACCUGGAUGCCCUGCCGCGGGGCGAGAGAGAGGCGCAGUGCCAAGAGUUUCUGACUUGUCUGGGGUUCGAUGAGGACAGCGAGCCGGACAAUAUGGACGACGUGCAGCGGCACGUGAGCUGCCUGGGCUGCUGGCGCCUCGCCGCGCCGCCGCCCGCCGCGCCCGCCUGCCUCGCGCUCGCCAACACACUAAGGGGGCAUUAUAUACGUUGCGUGGAGCGGGGCCCCUACUCCAGCACGGCGACGGAGUUCUGCGCGGCCGACGUGUACGCGCUGCUCGCCGCGCACCACUACUACUACGCAGCGCAACAGCAGCAGUCGUCCUCCCCGCUGCUGUCUGCGUGUUCGCUGCUGGAGCUGCUGCUGCGCCGCUCCCCCGCCAACUUCCACGCCAAGCUGCUGCUCGUGCAGCUCUACCACACGCUCGGUAACGGCCUAGCAGCCGACCACUGGUUCUCCCGUCUGGACGUGAAGCACGUGCAGCUGGUGUCCCUCGGCUGGCUGCACGCGGCGCGCCUGCCCCCCGCGCUGGCGCCCGCGCGCGCCGCCGCCGCCAGCCAGCUGCAGGCCACGGCGCAUAAACACCAUGCUAAGGAUAGCGUAGAACACCUGACCUACGCCUACAAAUACGGCACAUUCGAGAAGCUGGUCUCCCUCCUGUCUCUUCAGCGGCGCAUGGCGGCGUGCGCGGGCGCGCGGGGGGGCGCCGCCGAGGCCGCCGCCGCCGCGCUGCUGGCCGCGCCCGCGCCGCCGCCGCCGCCGCCCAGCGCGGAUGGGCCCACCACAGACAACCGCGACCUAAAAGUCAUCGUGAACUGGCAACCCUACGAGCAACGCGACCACACGAUCCAGCAACGCUCCUUCGAGCAGGACGGGGCCUACGUCCAGCUCAAGGAGGCCCUACUGCAGGCCGUGUCCACGUGCACGGAGCUGGCGGACACGAGGCCGGUUGCGGACAAGCGCGGACAGGCGGACGCGCUGCGGACGCUGUUGGCCCGGCUGAGUGACCACUAUGAGAAGUGUCAAGAGAAGUAUAACAAGAAGGAGGCGACGGGCUUGAGUGUGCCGCUGCCUAGUCGGAUUAUUGCUCUAGUGAACUCUCCAGUCCCGUACCGGGAGCUGUACGUGGGCAUGUUCACGAUCGUGGCGGACCUGUCGCUCAACCAGUUCGACGACGCGGCGGCGCAGUGCGAGCGCGUCCAGCGACUGGUCGAGCGAUCUGUGGAGCUGCUGAGCCAGUCGCUGACGGAGCGGUUCGGCUGUGACGAUCCCGGCUGGGUGAUGCGGGAGGCGCUCGAGGAUAUGGCUAAUUAUUGUGAGUUCAUAGGCUUCAUAUCCUACGCCAUCGGGCUGUGCAGCGAGCUGCUCGCGCCGGCCAGCCAGAAGAAGAAGAAGAAGACGGGCCAGUCCCCGGCCGAGCUGCGCGCCGCCGCCGCCGCGCGCGCGCUCAACCACGCCACACUCGCCAGUCUCAGCACUCUCGACAACAUCUUCGAACUGUGGCCGCAAUACGUGGUCACUUCCACCCCACUGAUAGCAGACUACAAAUGCCCGGUUGAGGAACGACUCAAGACAGGCCAUGCGGAGAUGUUGACGGAUAUUAGGAAUAUAUUGAAGAAGAAGGCGAAGCAUUUGAAGAGCUUGUUUCAAUGAGGGUUGUGAGGAAGGGUGGUUUGAGAUGACUGGUGUACGGUGGUGUGCUCAAAGAUUCUUGAUAGCUAAGUACUGGUUAACUUGAUUGACAUUGUGAAACGUAAAAUAUUCGUUUUGAAAAAAUAUGUUUUUUUACGUUUUAAGUAUGCAUGACUAGCAGCUA